UGACAAGUCUGUGUUUACUAUACUGAAAAUGGCUUUCUCUUUUUUGCUUUCACCUUUGUUGCCACUGAGUAUCACAAAUGUGUGCCAUUGUGCAGCCUGGGUGUUUGUGCUUUAUGUACUCUAUAAACUCACAAAGCUUUAUAUAAGAUGGAGGGAACUGGUCUCUGCAUUAGAACCUUUUCCGGGUCCUCCGUGUCACUGGCUGUAUGGAAAUGCAGGAGAGUUCCUUAAAAUCGGGAAGGACUUGGACUUUGCUCUACACUGGGCUCAGACAUAUAAAUAUGGAUUCCCACUGUGGCUUAGCAAUUUCUAUGCAUGGCUGGUAAUCACCCACCCUGAUUAUGCAAAGGCUAUUCUGGCUAGGCAGGAUCCUAAAGAUGAUGCAGCCUAUAGGUUUAUUGUCCCAUGGAUUGGUGAAGGAUUAUUAGUGUUAUCUGGGCCAAAGUGGUUCCAGCACCGCAGGCUUCUGACUCCCGGCUUUCACUACGAUGUCCUAAAGCCCUACGUUCCAUUAAUGGGUGACUGCACUAACAUCAUGCUGGAUAAAUGGGAAAAGAUUGUCCAAGAUAAGAAGCCGGUGGAACUCUUCCAUUAUGUCAGCCUCAUGACUCUGGACACCAUAAUGAAAUGCGCCUUCAGCUAUCAGAGCAAUUGCCAAACAGACAGUGACAAUGACUACAUCAAAGCAGUUUAUCAGCUGUCCUUCCAGGUCGAUCACAGGUUCCGUAAUUUCAUCUAUCAUAAUGAUUUUAUUUACUACCUGAGCCCACAGGGAUUUCGCUUUCGCAAGGCACAAAGGAUAGCACAUCAACAUACAGAUAAAGUAAUCAAACAAAGAAAAGAAUUGUUAAAAUGUGAGAAGGAGUUGGACAAAAUCAGUCGAAAAAGACAUCUUGAUUUCCUUGAUAUUCUUCUGUGUGCACAGGAUGAGAAUGGCCAGGGUUUGUCUGAUAAGGACCUACGUGCAGAGGUGGACACAUUCAUGUUUGAGGGACAUGAUACAACGGCCAGUGGGAUCUCUUGGAUAUUAUACUGUAUGGCCAAAUACCCUGAACACCAAGAAAAAUGCCGUGAGGAGAUCAGAGAGGUGCUAGGAGAUCGGAACACCUUGGAAUGGGAAGACCUCGGGAAGAUACCCUACACAACUAUGUGCAUUAAGGAGAGUUUGCGUCUUUAUCCUCCUGUUCCCGGGGUUGCCAGGAAACUGAAUAAACCAAUAACUUUCUGUGAUGGACGCACUCUUCCGGAAGGUUCACUGAUUAUCCUGAGCAUUUACUGCAUAAACAGAUCAACCAUUUUCUGGAAAGACCCUGAGGUGUUUGACCCACUACGGUUUUCUGCGGAGAACUCAGUAGACAGACACCACCACGCCUUCCUUCCAUUCUCUGCUGGCGCACGGUAA